UCCAGUUGUUGCUCAAACGUGGCCGCAAGAAGGUGUCCUUUUACUCUCUCUCUCUUCCCUGAUUCUUGUGUCACACGCCCCUUCCUCCCUUCGCAUACUGUUUUAUUUCGAAGGUGUAGAGGAGGAAGAGAGGGUUCGAUAUACAUGAAAGAGUGAGAGAAAGAUAUGAGAUUCGUGUGAGGAGAAUCAUUUUUUUUCUUCAAGAGGAGACACAGAAAGAACUUUUGGUAGAAGGAUGGUGUCAGUGCGGAAGUGGUAAGGAAGAUCUGAUAAUGUGGCAAUACCUGACCGUCAUGUUGCUGUACGUUAGCGGCACCUGAUAAAGGUUAAAAUGCCUUUCAAAUUGCGUCUGAAGAAGACCCGACAGUACAAUGUGGUCUCCCGCAACGUGCUGGUCAUCAGCGUCGAAUUGCUCGACAAGACCACCCUUGAAUGCACAUUAUCCGCUGACUCCACAGGCCAAGACUGCCUGCGCAAUGUCUGCCAGAGGUUGUCUCUUCAUCAGCAUGAAUUCUUUGGGCUGCGUUACAUGAGCAAGAAGCCGUACCCUAAAGUUCGAUGGGUUGAGCUUGACCGUCCCUUGAAGAAGCAGCUAGACAAGUAUGCCCAGUCACCCAACCUUGCCUUGGCUGUUUUAUACUAUAUCCAUGAUGUAUCACUACUGCAAGAUGAUGUCACAAGAUCCCAUUACUUCCUACAAGUCAAGCAGGAUGUGCUGGAGGGCAAACUGCGAUGCAACCACGAGCAAGCUGUCCUCCUGGCCUCCUAUAGUCUCCAAGCUGAGUUUGGAGACCACCAGCCAGACCGACAUACAGCAGAGUACCUCAAGGAUUUCAUGCUGUUCCCCAAGCAGGUCGUUAGUGAAGGUGAGGUGGCGGCACUCCUGGAAGCCGUUGUGUGGCAGUAUUCAUCCCUCCAAAGCCUUGCGCAAGCCCUGGCUGAGACGUACUAUAUCCUAGAGGCUCAGAGGCUCGAUGGCUAUGGUCAGGAAACCUUUAUGGCACGGGAUGAACGGGGCAGUGAGGUGUACCUGGGGACCUCUCUCAUCGGCAUUGUGGUGCGGCCAGCCUCUGGACAUACGCAGUUCUUCUAUAGAUGGAAUGACAUCACUAAUUUGGUGAACAACAAACGAACAUUUGGCAUUGAGUGCCAGCGCACGGAUGAGACGGUUCACUUCACGUUUGAUGAGCCAGAUGCUGCCAAAUAUGUGUGGAAGAUGUGUGUCAAGCAGCACACAUUUUACAAGCGAAAACAGGAGAUGCUGGAGGGCAGCUCUGCCGCAGAAACACGCAGCCUAGCUAUUCCUGACCUGCAGAGCUCCGUGAUGACAGCGCAACUACACCACUCGCAGCACCUUAAUGCCUCGCAUGAAAUGGUGGAUGGUCGAGGUGGUAUGGGGGAGCUGACAAUGCAGAGCUCAGGGGACCAGGGAGCCAUGACCACCUAUUCAAAUACGUUGCCGCAGUUCGAGCUCUCCUACAUACAGCAAUCUGGUGAUGCUGGGGGUCACCUUAGUGGUGCCCUUGAGUCGUCUAGCUCCCAGAUGAUAAGCGACCCCUCAUAUGGGAUGCUGUCACAGUCGGCGUACUCCCUCAACUCCCUCCAUCACCCACAAAACCCGGUUGUAUUGGCUUCCCAUGGCCAGGUUUCACAGACGUCAGCCAUGCAGCAGCAGCAGCAGUCGCAACAGCAGCCACCCCCACAACAGCCACAGCCACAGCCUCCUCAGCAGCAGCAAACACAGCCAAGCCAACAGCAGCACCAUGAUGCAACUGGUCAGCAAGUGGCGUUGUAUUCAUCCAAUCUCAGUCUUCCUUCCACGAGAGGCAGUUUCAGAAGAACGCUCCUCCCGCAGUAUCGACCUGCUCCCGACUACGAACAAGCUCUAGUACAAAAAUAUGGGCCUGGAGUCAAUCCGGCCAACAUCCGUGCCACAAUGCUCUACUCCUCCCAGCCCGAGAUCUCAAACAGACACGUGUUGGAAGGCCCCACUCAGGAAUCCAGCGGUGUGGGGAACUACAGCCACUACAAAGGCUACACUGACCUGUCUAUGUACCCAGACCCACCCAUGCCGCACCUGAGUAGGUCGGCAGGAAUACUCAUGCCUGGUCCACUGCACAACACCUACAGCACCCCAGAGUUGGCCACCCCCUCCAGUAGUGGUGAUAUCGUAGAGGGCGGCGGUGAAGGGGGUCGUGAAGUGACCCAGGACCAGCACCUCCUGCACGUGCUCAAGCCCCCACCUCCGUACCCAUACAGCAAACCCUCCAGCAACAGUACGCCAGACUUGGCCUCCACCAAUCAGGUUGGGAGCUCAAGCCCAGACUUAGCGUCAAGAAGGCGAGCAUUGCUGACAGCCUCCUUGGGGUGCUUGGGAUCCCCAGGCCUCUCCCGAACCUAUGAAAACCUUGCUGACAUCAGUGAAGCAGUGGAGAGCCUGCGCAAUGACCUAACUCGGACAACAGAGACAGGCAGCUCAUUCCUGCAUUCUUUCAGUCACAACUACUCUCGUGAUGACCUGGAUGCCAUUUACCAGCUGAGCAAUGGCCAUGUAGCCCUAGGGACGAAUCUGAACCUAAACCCCAUUUUUGCAGCAGAGGCACAAGGCCAACCCUCACAGCAGGGGCAAGGUGCUAGGCCACACUACGCUGGUGCAGGGCACUAUCCUCAGCAGUUCGGGGGCCAGUACCCAGAACCCCCACAGUAUCCAUCUGGGGCAGUGCAAGGCUCCCAGGAACCCAUAUACCAGAACAUUUCUGCUCUCAGGACAGAGGAAGGCAGAGAGCGUGCUCGAUCAGCACCAGAGAUAGAUAAUAACCCAAUAGGUGUUGUGGCAGCAAGCCAGGCUAGCCAUCUGCUAGGACAGUUGCCUGGGGAGGACGCGCAAGGGGGACGGGGCAGGGCACUCUCGCAGCCUGUCAGGCAGACAGCCAUUGAGCCACAGUUGUACAUUGAAAGUCGACUGGGUGAGCAGCAGCAACAGCAGCAGCGGGGACCCAUAGAAGCCAUCAAUACUGCUAUGGGGCAGAUCCCAGUGUUCAGUGCACAGCAGGAAGUCAGACACAAUCAUCACCACCUCCACCUACAGCAGCAGAUGCAAGCUCUCUCUCUACAGCAACAGCAACAGCAGCAGCUUCAUCACCAGCUACAGCUACAGCAGCAGAAGGAACAACAGCUGCAGCAGCAGCUACAGAUUCAACAAAAGAAAGAACAGCAGCAGCAACUGCAACUCCAGGUAGCUCAGCAACAACAACAACAGAAUCAGGCAGCUAAUCUUCAUUUACAACAUCAACAACAGCAGCUACAACAGCAGGUCAAGCAGCAGCAACAAAGACAGCAGCAGCAGGCCCAGGAACAGCAAAGGCAACAACAAGUUAUAGAACAGCAAAGGCAGUUGCAACAACAGAAACAUCUACAACAGCAGCAGCAACAGCAACAACAACAGCAGCAACAACAGCAGCAACAGCAGCAGCAACAGCAGCAGCAACAGCAACAGCAACAGCAGCAGCAACAACAAUCACAGCCAAUACUUCAACAACAGCAGCAGUUAAGACAGCAGCAGCAGCAGCAGCAGCAGUCGCAGACCAUGGUUGCCAAGCAGCAGGUGAAGCAGAGUGGGGCAGUUGCCCAGCUUGAUGCAGGAAGUGAGGGGGCCAGACUUACCCCAAGGAAGAAAUGGGGCGCUCCAGCCACAGGUCCUGUAAUGCUGGCAGGCCAGGCUGAGCCUGCCAUGGGUGCUGCAAAAGCUGUGACUGAGUCCUAUCCUGCAGGGCAUGGAGAACCCUCAGCCAAGGGACAGGCUUCUUCUCUGACACCUGAUGUGUUGCGAGGAACAGCCACACCAUCACAGGGACGUCCAAAGGAUCCCAGGGCAGUGCAGCUUGAAAAUAAGUUGUUUGGUGUUGAUAUUUUGCAAGAAUUUGAAUCCCUUCCCCGAGUGAAACCCAAUGCAGACUUUACAACAGCCCAGAAGUCAGACAAUAUUCCUCGCAACCGCUACAAAGAUAUUGUACCCUAUGAAGAAAACAGAGUAAGGAUCACACCAUCCAAAGAGAACAAAAGUGGUUAUAUCAAUGCAUCACACAUUACUGCAAGUGUAGGUGAGAGCCAGCGCUUCUACUUGUGUGCGCAGGGUCCCCUCGCCAACACAGUAACCCAUUUCUGGCAAUGUGUAUGGGAGGCAGAUGUGCAUGUUGUGGUGAUGCUGACUUCAGUAACAGGAGACACAAACACCAGCAAGAGCUUCCCGUACUGGCCUCAGAUGGACAACACGAGCGUUGAGUGUGGGGAGUAUCGUGUGUUCCGUAAACACAGCACCGUGACAGGGUCCCACAUCACUAGCCGACUGCAGCUCAUUCACGCCCCCACACGCAAGACUCGCACC